CUUCUCGCUCUGUGUCACUGUAAGAACAGAGAAAGCGGAGGAGUAGGGGGACAGAGACGGCGGUAAAUCGAGUCUUCUUCCUCAACCACCGCAAGGCAAAAACCCUAACCCUAAUCUUGGUCCAAGCAGAGGAAGAAAGAAGUACAAAGAAUCCUAAAAAGGUGUAAUGGAGGAGAAUUCCGACGCCGACAAAGCCGCCGCCAUGCAGAAUCUCGUUGCCGGCAAGCUCGCGGCGUCGGUGUCGCGCCUCUCCGGCUCAUCCCGGACACUCCCUCAUGGCCGCGACUUCCAUUUCUAUCGAAACUUCCAAGAGUUCAGGAACCCCAUCAAGGAGCUGUCAGAGACGUCGACGGCCCUUCUCAGGGAGAUUGGCGCGUCUCCGCUUCUCUGGGGCGGCCAUCCCCCGGCCUCGGCCUUCCCGUCGGACCCAGACGACGCUUAUGACUGGCUCGUCGACGUCCAUGAUGAUGUCUUGGAGCGGCUUGCAAUGUCUCUUGACGAGUUCUGGAGGAUGAAGAAGAAUAUGGGAGGGAUGGAGAGGGAGGAGUUCGAGGGAGGUUUUCAGACUGUUUAUGGGAAGAAGAAGAAGAAGAAGGAAGCUGACACGGCGGGGUAUUUGGCUUCCGGUGGCGACUUGGAGGCGAAUAAGACGAAGGCGCCUGGAGGCCGUACACGUAUGCCGUUCCAUGUCCCCAGUAUUCCGCGAUCGCAAGAUGAAUUCCAUAUCUGGGUUGAUAAUUCGAACGAGCCGUUCAAUCAUGUAUGGUUGGAGAAGAGCGAGGAUGGGUCGAGAUACAUACAUCCCUUGGAAAAAUACUCUCCACAGGACUUUGUUGAUAGAGAUGUUCAAGCCAUCAAGCCAAUAUUGCCACUUCCUUUGGCGGAUACACCAUUUACACUGGUUGAGGAUGUUCGUCUUUUGAAAGCUUUGGCUGCCAAGUUGCACGAUGCCAGUGAGUUUGCUGUUGAUUUGGAACACAAUCAGUACCGGACAUUUCAAGGGCUUACUUGCUUGAUGCAAAUAUCCACAAGAUCAGAGGACUUUGUGGUUGAUACUUUGAAGCUGCGUGAUCAUAUUGGUCCUCAUCUAAGGGAUGCUUUUUCUGAUCCUUCCAAGAGGAAGGUCAUGCAUGGAGCUGAUCGAGAUGUUUUAUGGCUUCAAAGGGACUUCAGUAUAUACGUUUGCAAUCUGUUUGACACUCAACAGGCAUCACGUCUUUUGCAACUGGAGAGAAACAGUUUAGAGCAUCUCCUGGGUCACUUCUGUGAAGUGACUGCCAACAAAGAAUAUCAGACUGCGGAUUGGCGAUUGAGGCCUUUGCCUGACGAGAUGAUCAAAUAUGCCAGGGAAGACACACAUUAUCUAUUAUACAUAUAUGACUUGAUGCGAGUGAGGUUGACAUCCACUAGCAAUGUUGGUGAAAAUAAGAAUGAUUUAUUGGAAGUUUACAUCCGCAGCUAUGACAUAUGCAUGCAACUAUAUGAAAAGGAGCUCCUGACAGAUGCGUCAUAUCUUCAUAUAUAUGGGGUGCAAGAUGCCGAUCUUGAUGCAAAGCAGCUUGCAGUAGUUUCGGGACUCUAUGAAUGGAGAGAUAAGGUUGCCCGUGCAGAGGAUGAGAGUACAGGCUAUGUAUUGCCAAAUAAAAUUUUGCUUGAAAUCGCCAGGGAAAUGCCCGUCACUUCUAGGACUCUGCGAAGAAUAAUUAAAUCAAAGCAUACACUUGUUGAACAUAAUCUUGGUGCUGUUGUUCAAGUGAUCAAGAGUUCAAUGGAAAAUGCAGCUGCUUUUGAAAGUGCUUCUGAACAAUUGAAAAAUGGGCGCAUGGAAAUUGUACGCCAGUUAAAUGAGGAGACAGGAGUAUCCAACCCUGAAUCAUUAGAUGCUCCCCAGGACCCUACAAAUUUAUCUCUUCAAACAAUACGUAAAGGUGAACCAUUUUCUGGGCAAUACUCGUCGGAAGAUAGAUUACCUUCUGAUUCAAAGGGGCUUGUAUCCUCAUUUGUGGCAACUCGUGAUGCUGGGGGAAUUAAUCAGGUUGCGAGCCAGAGUCCACCUGAGAAGGUAUCAAAUUUGCAUUCAGGGAGGUUGAAUGAGAGCACGGAGUCAUUGCCACUGCUCAAGCACAUCGAUGUGGCUUCCAUUCCUGUGCUAAAGAAACCAAGCCGGUCUUUUGGAGCAUUGUUAGGAAACCCAUUAUCAAAAAGAAAAUUGGGAGAUGAUUCGAAAGUACAUCCUGCAGGGCAGGCGCAUUCUGUGGUAGAACAAAUCAAAUCUUCUGUGGUCCUUCCAUUCCACAAGUUCGCUGGUGAAAAUGAACGCAUUACUUCUGCACCGGAGAGCAGCAUGGAUGAGGUUGAAGCUUCACCUCUUCACGUUGAAGAACCCAAAAUCGACAACUUGGCAGAUAUUAUACCAUUGGAAAAUUCUCCAGAAUUGUCAUCCGAAAAUUCAUUGGCGGAUAAAGAGACUAAACACAGGGGAUGGUUUCCACCCUGCAUGGGGAAGACAGAGAGUGGACGUGGCAAAGAUGAACAGAUUGAAACAGCAGAUGUUUCCAUGUCAGAUUUGUCCUCUAGUUUCAGAAAGUGCUUUCAAUCUGUCACUCCAGAAAAACUUCCCAACAGCCAAGAUGAGCGCUCACCAUCUGCAAGUGAUGACGGCUUAAAGUUUAAGCCUUUUGACUAUGCUGCAGCGAGGCAACGGAUGCAGCUUAUCAAUAAUAACGAUGCUCCCAGUUCCGAGGAUAAAGAAUGCAGAAAUGGGGUCAAGGAUUUCGGGAACUCUAAAAACAAGGCCAGCCAGCAUGUGCGUCGACUAGCCGGAGAAGAUGGAAAGAGGGAUAAUCGAGCACCAAGACGUAGGCAAGCUUUUCCGGCUUCGGGUAAUCGGAGUGCGACAUUUAGGUAGCUUGAUGAAUUUGACGAUUUGUAAUAGUGUGCAUUUAACAAGCUGAGGCUUGUUGGUGCACACGGUCUUUUCAUAGUUUUAUUUUUCUAGAAGUGUAGUUAGGAACAAGAUUUAAGUGAAAUCAAGCGAUUAAAGUCCA